CUCAGCAUCUCCAGUUCUUUGUGUCCUUGCGGUGUGAUUGAUUGCUUGCUUGUUCUGUGAGACCAUUGCCCGCUCACUUGUUCGCGAAUCCUGCUCCAUCCUGAAUGAGAACAGACGUUUUGUUUGUGGGGCAGGCACAGACUGUUGGCUUUCGGAAGCUUGAUCACUCAGUGGAAGGAAGAAGCUCUUGAACAAUCGAUAUUUGAAGAGAUUUGACUGGACUGGCAAUGACGGCGCUACCAGGGGGUGGGCCGCGGAUCCCUGGCCUCCACUCGCUCCCCGUCGCCCCUGUCCACCCCGCUGCCCCGUCCAUCCCCCCACAGCAGCCACAGAGUGCCCUGCGUGAGAUCACCUGCGUCACCCUUUGUAAGGUUGGUCAGGAGACUGUUCAGGACAUCGUGGCUCGCACCAUGGACAUCUUCCACAUGCUGCGGGCAACACAGCUGCCAAAUGGUGUGACUCAGAACCAUGCGGUGUACCAGGAACGGUCCAACAAGCUGCAGGAGCACCUGCGCCAGCUCACCCUGCUCUUCAAGAAGCUGCGGUUGUUGUACGACAAGUGUGGAGAGAUGUGCGGGGUGACAGACGUUUCCGUAACAGAGUUGAUUCCCUUUGUGGGUGAUGAGCCUUUCAGAUCUUCAGAUCUUCCGAAUGUUGGGGGUUUGAUAAAUACAGAGUACCAAGAAAUCCUUGAGAAACUACAUCAGAAGAACCAAGAACUGAAGCACAUUAUGGAUCAGCUACGGAGUCUCAUAUGGGACAUCAAUUCUAUGCUGGCAAUGAGGAACUAAACAUUGUGAAAAUCCCAUUUCUGGUUUGCAAAGAGCCCUCUCCAUUUAGGAUCUGUUAAGCAACGAAACCCUUGUAGUUUUUUUGUUCCUGUUUUUGCACUGUACAUAUAACCAUUUUCUUAAAGACAAAUAUUUUUCUACUAGGGAAAUUAAUUGUAAUUCAGUAAAUGUGUUGAAAAGUCC